UUCGAUUGGAUUUGACAAUUGAUGUGAUGAGUUUUUCUAUUUUUGUGGUGUGUUUGUGUGUAGUUUUUAUUUAGUUAGCAGUUAGCAAAUCACUACGUAAUGCGUGGUGAUGUGUGCCAUUUAUCUUAAGAAUUGAUACUAGUCGAGGAAAGCCCGAGGCAUAAUUUAGUAUUUAUGUGUAAAGUGAGGCAUCAUGAUACGGGACACCUUGAAAAAUAUGCUGAGCAGUUGUUUCCCUCAAAAUGUCCUCGAAGAUGUGGUGGAUGCAUUACUUGACAAUGGCAAUGAACUAAGUCCAGAAGACCAGGUAGCAGUAUUGCAUGCAGGAAUAGACCUCAUACGCAACAGUGAGAAUCCCCGAAAUAUCACUGUAGGGUGGAGAAUUUUAAGAUGUUUGGCAAAAAAACCAGGUGUGUGCUUUGGUUCAUUGCUGAAUGCAACUGUUAUUAAGGAUUUGUUUAUAGGCACCAAGCCACCAAACAAUCCUCAGGAGAUACUUCUACUUAUAGAGUGGUGCCUUGAGAGGGGGAGCGAUCUAGGUUUAGAACCAACGGUGCGGCACUGUUUGACAGACUUUUUACGCUUGGUUUCAUUUGAUGACAAACUCUUGGCUGAUGUUUGUGUAUUCUUGAACCAUCAUCCAAAAUGUUUGCCAUGUGAAGAGGAGUUGAAAAAGUUCUGCGAAACGAUAGUAGCAUGCCUUUCAUCCUUUGCAACACCUGCUGCUAAACGUGAAGCAAUUCGCCAGUUUCAUGAAAAUGUUUCAAAAAUUGGAGAAUUUCUAACUGAUGCUUUGAAAAAGCGGCAGAGAAAAGAAAUUAUUUAUUCUUGCCUGAAGAUAGUUUAUACAGCUAUAGCUAAUAAAGAUGACGGCAGAGAGCCUUCCCCUAGUUUGGCAGUUGUCUUGGGACUUCUUGAGCCGGAGUUCAUUAGAUGUGAAGUAAAAACUGUGCUUGAUAACAGCACAUCUCAUGAUGUAGUGAGAAAGGCAUUGCAAAUAUUUUGUCACUGGCUGACAGUAUGGCCCAGAGCAACACAUGUCAAUCUGUGGAUAGAUGCUCUUAUAAAUGAACUUGAGGAAAGAGAGAUGUACAGCAUUCUUAAUGAAGUAACUCUUGAAACCAUUGAUAAACUCUUUGGAUCAAUGCAGUUACCUGCCUUACGACAAGGAGUGGAGACUAUUGUGUGGCAUAUGCUGUUCUCCAAUUUAUACAAUCACGAAGUGUUUCGCAAGAUUUCAUCAAGAAUUCCGGGUGUGGUAGCACAGUUAAAACUUGAAAAUAGUAAUAAUGCUAGUGCUUCCCUUCGUUUUCUGUACAAUUACUGUUGCAUCAUGCAUGAAGAAAUCCCAAAUUUCAAGAAAGAUUAUGAAGAAGUCGUUAAGGCAAUGGAGGAAUUGUCAACAAUCAGAAGAUUUAGUAGGUCCCAGCUUAGUAUCAAACAGUGGAAGUCACCUUUAAAUGGAUUAAUGCCUGCUCUUGAAGUAGCUCCUAUAUAUCAACUAACAGGACGUGUUGGUCUUUAUAAUCUUGGCAACACUUGUUACAUGAACAGUAUACUGCAAGCACUUUUCAUGACAAACAGGUUUUGUUUUGGCUUGUUGUCCAAAGAAAAAAAUUACAAUCAAGAGUUAAUAUGGAAGCUUCAGACACUUUUUGCUUUAUUACUUCAUUCAAAAAGACCAGCAUUAUCGCCAACAGAUUUGCUAGCCAUAUGCCGACCGCCAGGUUUUUUACCAGGUCACCAGCAGGACAGUUCAGAAUUUUUAACGUAUCUUUUGGAUGUGUUGCAUGAGCAAGAAGCAAGGUUUGUUAAAAGAGGAGGAGGAGGUGGUGGUGGCGGUGGCGGUGGCGGUGGAGGAGGAGAUGGAAAGGAAGAAGACAAUUGUAUGGGCUCUAUUUCUCGUUGGACUACUGAAGAGGAUCUUUCAGACGGUGGGGUGCUUGAAAGGAAGGCACAGUCAUUAGCAGACUGUAGUCAAGAUGGCACUGACUCAGAGAAAACAGAGAUUCUAAGCAGCACAUUGUCAGGAUCAGCAGAUAGUGGAAUCCAUUCUGUGUGUGGUGAUGAAGCAGGUGUUGCAGGAACAUUAACAGAGGUUCCUAGCUUACACCUAAGCCUUGUUCAUCAAACAUUUGGUGGAAAAAUAGUCACUUGUAAUGAGUGUUUGACUUGUCAUUCACAGUCCGUCCAAACAGAUACCUUCACCGAUCUACAGUUGUCUUUUCCCCCACAAGAAGAGGACAACAAAUAUGAUGUGUUAGAUGUGCAGAAUUUGCUGGAUUAUUUUGUUUCUGCAGAGAAACUGAGUGGAGAUAAUUGCUAUAGGUGUGAUAAGUGCAGUGCAUUGACUGAGGGACAGCGGUCUGUUAAUAUUUUGCAAGCACCGUCUCAUCUUAUUCUUACAAUAAAACACUUUCAUUAUGAUAGUACUACAAUGCAACGAACAAAGUUACUUCACAAGAUGCAUUAUAAUGAAAGAUUAUUUGUGCCUGUUGUAGCUGCUGGACAGCAACAGAAACACUGUGAGACAUAUAAUUUGUAUGCAGCAGUUGUACAUUCUGGAAGGAGUGUGGAUUCAGGACACUAUUACACGUUCUCACGAGACCAAAGUGGUUCCUGGUUUGUAUUUAAUGAUGAGUCAAUAUAUCCUAGUUCUCUUGAUGAGCUAACAAACCUUAAAGCAGCAGAUACUCCCUACAUAUUGUUUUAUGCGUUACCUAGUGAAAAUCUCCAACUGGAAGUAGGCUCACACCCACUAGAAAAUCUACAACCUCACCUGUUAGAGGUAGUUCUCAAAGACAAUGCUUUAUUCAUAGAACAAAAGAAAGAAGAAAGGCGAAGAUUGUCUAUGGGAACUAUGUCUAAGACUUGGUAUAAUCAAAGAAAACCUGAUGAUGACCCUCCAAGCAGUUGUGGUGGUGGAUCAUCAUUUAGUACAUCAGCCAACAGAGUGGUAUUUUAAAGAUAUAUAGUGUUUAUUGUCUGUAAUUUUUUUCCUGUAUUGUAUUUUCCUUUGCUGUGUGAAUUACCUCAUUAUAUUUAUUACAGUUGUCUUUCAGCAGAUGCAGUUAUGAUGUCUGUGUUAAUACUUGUUAUACUUUGCACUCAUUUCACAAAAUAUGCUUUUCAUAUUUAUAUGUUUGACAGAGGUACUGAAACUGUCUUCCUUUAGCAAUUUAUAUAUGUAUAUAAUGUUCCUGUUCAGCUUUGACAUAAGUGAGUUAUUAAGAAUUGGCAGGAAAUGUUCAUGAAACAUCUAUAUUGUAUAAGAAUAUUGAAAAUUCAGCCUAUUUUAUACGCAGAGAAAGAUUUUUGUGAACCGUAUGACAUUUGCAAAGGUUUCUCUUUUGCAGAUCAAAAUGCGGAGCAUAGUGAACAUAAAUUUUUUUUUAAGAGCUGUUUGUUUGGUUGGAAUUAUUAUUUAAGUUGGUAGUGAAGUGUUUCUUUUAUACUGGAGCAGAUUUUUCAGUGGAUGGAGGGUCUAAAUAUGUAAGAAGCUGAUUCAUUAGAAAGGUUUAAUGGAUAGUACUUCUUGUGGAAUAACAGUGAUCUGAUGGAAGUGAGUAUGAAAAAACAGACUGAAUAUAAAAUUCACUUCAAAGCUUUCUGUAUAUUUUCUAAGGAAGUUAACAAAGUCAUCUUUAAUAUUCGAUUGUCUCACUUUUUAUGUGAAAUAAAGAAGUCUUUUUUUCUUGUA